UGGACGCUGGUAGUCAGGGGAUGCGCCGGCGGUUACUCGCUGUCUCCAGUGCCAUGGAUCUGGACGACUCACCGAGGGAGCUGCGGGAGCCGCGGGAGGAGGCGAAGGUGGAGGAGGAGGAGGAGGAGGCUGAGGAGUCGGAGGAACACUUAGUGCAGGAGCGCCAGCGGUUGUGCGCGGAGUUCGCGGCGAUUACAGGCCGCGGCUGCGGCGUGGCUCAGUGCUAUCUGGCGGAGAACGACUGGCAGAUGGAAAGGGCGCUCAACUCCUACUUCGAGUCAGGCGUGGACGAGGGAGCGCCGGAAGCCGGGCCGAGGACCCCCCCGCCCGCCGCGGUCUGUGUUGACCUGACAAAUGAACCAACAAUUAAUGUCACCAGUACUGGUGUCAGUAUAGAGAAUUGUGUCCAGAAAGAAGAUGACAGUACAUUUUCUUUAAUUACAUGGAAUAUUGAUGGAUUGGAUAUACACAAUUUGCAAGAUAGGGCUAAAGGAGUGUGUGAAUAUUUAGCUUUGUACACUCCAGAUGUGGUGUUUCUUCAAGAAGUGAUUCCACCAUACUACAGCUACCUAAAGAAAAGAGCAACCACUUAUACAAUUAUUACAGGUAAUGAAGAUGGCUAUUUCACUGUAGUAAUGUUGAAGAAGUCAAGAGUGAAGUUAAUAAGCCAUGAAAUUACACCUUUUCCGACUACCCAGAUGAUGAGAAACCUUUUAUGUGUGCAUGUGACUAUAUGUGGUAAUGAGCUUUGCCUGUUGAACUCACACUUCGAGAGCACCAGAAACCAUGCUCGGGAACGGAUGAAUCAGCUAAAAAUGGUGUUAAAGAAAAUGCAAGAGUUCCCAGAGUCAGUUACAGUUAUAUUUGGAGGAGAUACAAAUUUAAGGGACCAUGAAGUUUCUAAAUCGGGUGGCUUGCCAGAAAAAAUUUUGGAUGUUUGGGAGUUUUUGGGCAAACCUGAGCACUGCCGUUAUACUUGGGAUACACAAGCCAACUCUAAUUUGGCAAUAGAGGCCACCUGUAAACUACGGUUUGAUAGAAUAUUUUUUAGACCUGCAGCAGAUGGUUGUCACAUUGUUCCACGCAGUUUGGACUUAAUAGGGUUAGAAAAACUGGACUGUGGUAGAUUUCCCAGUGAUCAUUGGGGUCUUCUGUGUGGGUUUGAUGUAAUACUGUGAAUAUAUUUCAGAUGUGUAUAUUUUUUAAGUCUAUUGUACAGUUUUCUAUCAGAUUUCUUGCAAAAUACUUGAUGUUUUGAACCUCUUUGGAAAAAUGUAUUGAAUAUCACCUAAGAGGCUGGAUCUUUGCUGCUCCAUUAUUAUUUCUCUUUGUAGAUUCAUCCCACAUAUUUUUCUAAAGUCUACUUUUUCCCCCCUCUAACAACUAUACUUUUUAAGCAAAAGAGCUUUUUGAGUUGGCCUUUCUAUUUUUCCUCUAGUCUAUGUGGUUGGUCUAGAUGACAUGAAGACAUGGGUUGCUUAGUCCCUAGCUCUGGUACUGCUGCUACCAUUGUUGUGAACUUUCUUGGUGAUGGGACUCUGGCUUUCCUCAUCUUCAUCUUGGCCAUUUCCUUAACAGACCACCGGAAGGAUAGCAUGAGUAAAUAGCAAUGAGAAAUGGAUACAUUUGUUUUCAUUCUGUCUCUCUAAAUUAAAGGCAAUAAUGUGUAGUGGUAAAAGACAAGUGGAAUUCACACAUCGAUGUAUUUCGUCUGUAGUGACAGUGAGAGGAAAAUGUAAAUGUGUUAAUAAUAAUAAUAGCGUAACAUAAAUCUUAUCGGAAAACUGGAUAAUGUGAUUAAUCCAAUCAUUUAAUAAGCCAUGAAACGUGUAAGAAUAUAUCUAGUUAAAUCCGUGAAUUAAAUUAAAUUGUAUUUUUAAUUAAAGAGUAUAAAAGAGCCAGUAUUGCUGUCUGCUUUUGAGUCAUAUAGAAUCUAAGUUAAUUUUCUCUCCCAUUAUUUGAACCUAGAACAAAGAUGAAAAAAAGAUUGAGUUUGGCUAAAUGUUAAAAAUGAAACCAUUUCUGAACAACAGGUUUUGGAUAAUCGGCUUUCAUGGGUAAAUAAGUCAGUGACCCUACCCUUCAUACUCCUUGCCCUUUAAUUAGUUAAAGAAGUAGAAGCCAACCUUUAGUAUGCAUAGAGGUUUCUGCUUUAGGUUCUUUGACUUGUAUCUGUUGAAGUUUUGCUUGAUUGUCAUGUUUACCCAACUAUUCUGCCUGAAUGUGACUAAGGAAACUACUUUUUUCUUGUUCAACUGUUUGCAGAGAUUAAGUUGACUACAUAGCAUAGCACUAGAAAUGUUAGAUCUUCUCAUCUUCUCUGACUCAGAGCGGGGAAUAUAUUAAUAAGCAAAUCAUCUAAUUUUACUGUGUUUCCCUUCUUCCAAGCCAGAAUAAUACCCUGCUGGGUAUUGUGAGGCUGAGUCAUCUUUUACAUGCUUUAAGCUAUUUGAGAGGAAGUUCAGAUGUGCAAAAGAUACCAAUUAUUGUAACUGCAUUUCUCUAUUGUUUUAAUUGUUUUCCUUCCUUCUCAGCUUAGACUUUGAGGAUAAAAGAAUUUUAUUUUUGGUUCCAAAACUGACUUACUGAGUGACUUCGAGUAAGUCAUUUCAACACCCCAUGUGAUUUUUUUUUUGUUGUUUGUUUCCUCAUAGUAUAUCAGUGUUGUCUGGGUCUGAAGGCUGGUACCAGGGUAUGGACCAAAGGAGAUGAAAAUGUGAAAGAAAGCCAAAAGUCAUACUAAGUACAUGGUCAUUGUGCUCAGCGUUAUAAAUUGUAUGAAUGUGGGAGGAGAGGGACAGAGAACAGAGCAGAGAAGGUGAACAACAAGACUGGCGUUGAUGCUGUAGAAUUUUAAACUGUUUUGAAAUAGUGCUCGCUUAUGAAUAGGUCUUUAUAGAUUGGUUGAUAGGUAUUGACCAUCUCCACCACCUGUUUGAUGUUCUACCAUUAAAAAUUAAUUACUUGGAUGAACUUGAUAGCUUUUGGCCUUCUGUAGACCUUUAUUAAAAUGUAAACAAUAAUUAUGAGAGGGCAGUGUAGUGGAUAGAAGGCCCCCCUCAGUUAGGACAGCCUAGAUUCACAUCCAGCCACUGGCCUUGUGAAACAGGGCAGGUCACUCUCAUUGCCUUGGUGACUCUAAGAUUAAGUUAUAGAACAGUUGCUUAUCUGCAUCUAAGGAGAUUUUGCUCACUAGGAACUCCGUGGUAGAAUCCCAGAUCUAGACAAAAUAAUAACAAUCAUCCAUGUAGUGCUGUGAGCUUUACAGAUCACUCUCCUGCACAACAACUCCUGGCCAGUACAGCAUUCCUCUCAUUUUUAUUUUUUACAGAAGAGGAAACUGACACUCAGAAGCUACAGGGCUGGGGAGCCCUGUCAUCCCUAUAGUGGGAGAGUUAGCUAACACCUUCCUGGGAACUAGUGGGCAUCAAAUUGAGAACAAAGUCUUGUGGAAAGGGAAUUCAGAAGAGGUGCUUGGAACAGAGGGAGAGGAGGAGAAAGACUGAAGGCUGUACUUUUGUCUUUCACAAUUUGGACUUCAGCCAUAAUCUUUUUAGGAAUUCAUUUGCAGGUCCCUAAUUGUUCAAUUGAAGGCAUUUUUUUUUUUAAAUGUCUGCAUUUGCUGGGAGGAAAGCUAAUUAGUAAGACUAGAGGAAAUGUAAAUGGCUUCAGAUAGGGUGUUCAGGAAUGUAGUUUUGUUUGUAGUAGGCUGUCACUGGUGUCUAGAAUCUGGCCUCUUUUCAAUGGUUGAGAAAUGAUAUUUGCCAUUAAUAAGCAGAUGGCUGCUAUCCACAGUCCUGAUUCCAACUAGUUCAAACAAACUCAAUAGAGGCAGCCCUACUUCUCCUAUGAAGCCUUCCCAGAUCCUUUGUGGGUAACAGUCUUAUCUCUAGCAUCUCUUGUGGCAAUCUGUACCUAAGUACUCAUUAUUAGGUAUUAUAGCCAUGUGUUUGAGUCACAGUGAGUUGGGAGGUACUUUAGGGACCAUCUAGUCCCACUUCAUUUUACAGAUUAGGAAGUUUGAGGCCAGGGAGCUUGAGACUUGCCUGUCCUACCAGCAGUGUUAAAGGUGGAUUUGAGCCCAGAUCCUCUGACUGCAGAACCAGUGUGCUUUUCACUCUUAAGUGGUGCAGUAAAUAGAGUGCUGGGGCCUGGAGUCCGAAAGACCUGAGUUUAAAUCUGGCCUCAGACACUUACUUGCUGUGUGACCCUGGAAAAGUCGUUUAACCCUGUUUCCCUCAGUUUCCUCAUCUGUAAAAUAAGCUGGAAUAGAAAAUGGCAAACCACUGCAAUAACUUUGCCAAGAAAACCCCAAAUGGUUUUACAAAGAGUUGGACAUGACUGAAACAACUGAACAACAACAUACCCCAGUAGAAUAAGAAAAGGGACUGUUUUUGCCUUUCUUUGUAUCUCCAGCUUGUAGCACAGUGCCUGGCAAUAGUAAGUGCUUUAAAAAUUCUUAUUGACUGAUGAUAAUAAUAAUAGCUAACAUUUAUGUAACGCAAAACGCUUUACCAAUAUUAUCUUGUUUAAUCCUCAUAACAACCCUGGUGGGGAGGCGGUGUUAUCCCCAUAUUGUAGAUGAGGAACCUGAGGCAGAUGGGUUAAAUGCCCAUAGUCACACAGCUAGUCAGUGUCUGAGGUUCACUCCAGGUCCAGCACUCUGUCUGUUGCUAUCAAGAAGUCAGUUAGACUGUCUUCUCCCAGUAAACUCCAUGAGGUCAGAGAUUGUUUUAUAUAAACUUUGUGCUUCCUACUGCCAUAGUGCUCUAUAUAUAAGUUCUUUUUUUAUUUUAACACUUUAAUAAUAUUUUAUUUUUUUGUCCCUAACUAUAGGUAAAAACAAUUUAAAGUUUUGAGUUCCAAAUUCUAUCCCUCACUCCUCUCUCCCCUCCCUAAGAUGGUAAGCAAGCUAAUAUAGGUUAUACAUAUGCAAUCAUGUAAAAUAUUUCACAUGAUAAGUACUUAAUAAAUGUUGCAUUUAAUUAAAUGGAUUACAGUUUGUCUCUUUUCAUUUAGUCUGAUAUUCUUCAGCAAAAAACAAAAUACAUGUCAGUACUCCACCCUAUCCCUACCAUGACUAUUUAAAUUAUGGUCAGAUGCUUUUAUUGGUGUUAGCUCUAAGUGGUUAAUUGGGUGACUGAGUUGGAUUUUUAUUAUGAAACAUGUAGUUGAGAUUACAUUAAUUUCACAGUGUCUUUCAGAGGAGGCCUUAGAAAUCAUGGCUCUCUGAAUUCAACCAUAUGUAAAGGAUUCACAAAACCAUCUGGGGAAAGAACUGAAAAAAUCUUUGGCAGCCAAAAGAUCAACACUCUCGUCUAAGUGUUGCUAAUUAGGUAGCACCGCAGUUGCUCUAUUAAGGUUUACUUUGUUAAAACUCUAUAGGCAAUUAAUUUCAAGGUCAUUAUACUUUGGGGCCACCAAUCUAUAGACCAGUUGUGUUUUUGU